GCACUGGAUCGGUGCACGCAGAAAGCAGCUACGCAAGAGCGGGGUAGGAGCCGAAUGGUGGAGCUGAAGAUGGCGGAUGGCGACAGCGGGAGUGAGCGCGGAGGUAGCAGCGGGGGAGGAGGUGGAGGCGGCUUCCAACACUUCCAGAGGGACCAGGAGACCCAGGAGCUGGCGUCCAAGCGCCUUGACAUCCAGAACAAGCGCUUCUACCUGGACGUCAAGCAAAACAGCAAGGGCAGGUUCAUCAAAAUCGCCGAGGUAGGGGCCGGGGGCUCCAAAAGUCGCCUGACUCUCUCUCUGUCAGUGGCGGCGGAGUUCCGUGACUACCUCGGGGAUUUCAUCGAGCACUACGCCCAGCUGGGGCCUAGCAGUCCGGAGCAGAUAGCCCAAGCCAGUGUGGGUGAGGACGGCGGGCCCAGGCGAGCUCUCAAGAGUGAGUUUCUGGUCCGGGAAAACCGCAAGUACUACCUGGACUUGAAGGAGAACCAACGGGGGAGGUUCCUCCGCAUCCGGCAGACCGUAAACCGCGGACCUGGCUACGGAGUCGGGGGCCCAGUGGGCGGCAUGCUGGCCGGCCAGACCAUAGCCCUUCCGGCCCAGGGGUUAAUAGAGUUUAGAGACGCCCUUGCCAAGCUUAUAGAUGAUUACGGCGGGGACGACGAUGAGCUGACCUCUGGCACCGCCGCCGGAGCCUACGGGGAGCUCCCCGAGGGCACAUCCAUCAUGGUGGACUCCAAGCGGUUCUUUUUCGACGUCGGGUCCAACAAAUACGGGGUGUUCCUGCGGGUGAGCGAGGUGAAGCCCAGCUACAGGAACUCUAUCACCAUCCCCUUUAAAGCCUGGAGCAAGUUUGGAGGAGCUUUCUCCAGGUACGCCGAGGAGAUGAAGGAGAUCCAGGAGAGGCAGAGGGAUAAAAUGUACGAGAGGAGAGAUGAGUCCGAAGGAGAUGAUGUGGAUGACGACUGACAGAUUCAAGUGAAACCACUGAUAGUUCACUUCCAUGACAGGUGUGCGACAUAGGGGUAUUUUGCAAAAAAAAAAGAAGAAUUAUGACAGAUAAAGUGCAUGACAAAUCGUGCUGUAAUAGCCUACUAAAGUAUCGUGGCGUAAAAAGUACAUGUACAGGGAAUUAUUGGUGUAUUAUCCUGAAGUGUGUAGGGGUAAGGUUGGAUUGGUUGUGUGAAUCUGAAAGUGAAAAAAAGUGGACUUAACAAUGUAAAUGAGACAUUUAUCUUUGGCUGAAAAAAGAGUGAGUUUUGCUUUAUUAUGAAAAAAAAGGAAAGAGAGAACCUACUAAAACCA